AUGGCUUUGAUGGUAAUUACGAUUAUUUUUUUUCUUCAAAGAUUGAUAAUUUGUUUCACGAGUAUUCACACUAAAAUAGGUACAGCAAACAAUCCAUUAAGUAUUUCACUUGCUUUCUAUUCAGGCCUCUGGGCCUACGGCGGAUGGGCAAGUUUGAAUUCGGUAACCGAGGAACUUAAAAACCCGAAAAGAAAUUUGUGGCUGUCAAUUGUAGUGGCUCUUUCAUCAGUAAUAAUUCUAUAUCUUCUGACCAACAUAUCCUAUUUUACAGUGAUGAGCAAAGCUGAAUUACUAAGUUCUGAUGCUGUAGCUAUGACAUGGGGAGAAGCUGUGUUAGGUCCUGCUGUUCGUGCAUUGCCGAUUCUGGUUUCGUUUAGUGCAUUGGGAAGUGCCAAUGCAACGAUUUAUGCUUCUGGUCGUUAUUUUACGGUAGGCGCACGUUAUGGAUAUUUACCUGAAAUUUUUUCUUGCAUUCAAAAACAACGAUUAACACCAUUACCGAGUAUUGUACUUAUGACUAUUCUCAGUAUUGUCUACUGUAUUCCCAGUAAUAUUGGGAAUUUAAUCGAUUUUGUCAGCUUCGUUGCUUGGGUCUUUUUUGGACUGACAUUUCUUGCCACAAUAUUCUGUAAAUUUACGAAAGCUAAAGUCGAUCGAGUUAUUAAAGUGCCAAUACCUGUAAUUAUUUUUAUGAUAUUAGUUUCUAUCUAUCUUGUUAUUGCACCUGUUAUAUCCAGUCCAAAUAUUGGAUAUCUUGUUGCACUCAUUAUUAUGCUUGUCGGCUUGGUAUUCUACUAUUUGUUUGUUUUUCGUGAAAUACAACUAAAUCUGAUGAAAAAAAUCAACAAAUUUCUUCUAAAACGCUUCAAUUUAACAAUGUCAACAGUCAACACAGAAGCAUAG